GCCUCUGGUUCCGAGCAGCUGUGGAAGGCAGGAGCUGCUCAGCCGCCUCCUCUCCAUCGGCUCUGUGUCGCCCUCAUGUGGACCGCGUCCGCGUGCUCGUGUCUCUUGUCGUGUCCACGCGACGUGUGUCUACUGUCCUUGUUACGACUUGGCUGACGAGUCUUGACGUCCUCGGAAGCCAAGGCCCGAGACUCGGCUCGGUCUAUAUUUGACGCGCGGCGAGGGCUCGCCGGUCAUGUGACUGCGCGGUGACGUCAGAAGCCGGUGCCGCUAUACCACCGUGACCUUCUCGUGCGACGCUCAGUGUUCGCUGCUCGGAGGCUCUCGCUGCUCAGACGCUGCGUCUCGGAAGAUUCCAAGCCAAGGUGACGAUGGGCGACGUGGACAAGGGCAAGAAGGUGUUCGUGCAGAAGUGCGCCCAGUGCCACACCGUGGAGGAGGGCGGCAAGCACAAGGUGGGGCCCAACCUGUGGGGCCUGUUCGGGCGCAAGACCGGCCAGGCGCCAGGCUUCUCCUACACCGACGCCAACAAGAGCAAAGGCAUCGUCUGGGGGGAGGACACGCUCAUGGAGUACCUGGAGAACCCCAAGAAGUACAUUCCCGGGACGAAGAUGAUCUUCGCCGGCAUCAAGAAGAAGGGCGAGCGCCAGGACCUGAUCGCCUACCUGAAGUCGUCCACAUCCUGAAGCCCCGCCCCGCCACUUAUUUAACACUUUCUACGUUUGUUUUUGUCUUUGGCUCCUAAUAUAUUCACGCCUUUGUUCGCUCUCAAGUGC